AUGAACGCGAACAGCAGUAGCAGCAGCAGCUCAGGCCGGACCCUGAUGGACCGCGCCACUUUCUUCUCCUCGCUUUCCGCCUUCCAUACCGAAAGGGGACAGACCUUAGCCCCAGACCCUUUAUUGGGGGUACGCAUAGAUCUUUACGACAUGUUUCUGGUCGCGAUGCAGCAAGGGGGGUUCCCUCGGGUGAAUAAGAACAAUAAGUGGGGAUUCCUAGGCAAGCAACUCGGGGUAAUUCCCAAAGACAAGGCACCCAGCCAACAAGAGAUUGAACAGGUCAAGCGAUUUUACGUGCGCUGGAUUCGGCCAUUUGAGGGAGAGAAGGUCUCUCCGGAACUGAGGAAACAGCUACAGCCCCCGGGCCUAGAGUUGCCGAGACGGGGUGCUGCUGCUGGAGCUGCCACUUCUGCGCCGUACUCUGCUGCAGCAGCAGCGGCGAGUGGAACGAACAGCAACCUUUCCCAGCAGCUUGCAGUGGGGCCAGCUGGACACCCACAGAAGUAUCCCCAUCAUCACAUGCUGCCGCAGCAGCAGCACUUGCAGCAGCUGCAGGAGGAGCAAGAGCAGGAAGAACACGUGAAAGGCUCAGAGGCCGACAUGCUCAGCAACAAGGUCAAAGCAGAAAGACGAGCAGCGCUGCAACAAAGGCAUGCGGCAGCGGAUAUAUUCAGGCUUAUCAGGAGGAGGGACAGGCUGGCUGCAAAGUACUCGCCCGAGGCAGUUGCUGCGCGCUUGCUGGCUCGUGAGCGCCGGCGCCAUCUUGUAGAGUCAGGACAGCUGGGGCCAGCUACAGGCAAGGACGUGCGCCGUCUUACGCAAAGUUUAGCCGACCGCCGUUAUGCCCCCGGCGAUUUUCCUUUCGCUGUAAAUUGCCUUUAUUAUUUGUCCAGGCCCCUCAGGGGCAUUUCCCUCGAGCAGCAUCCUGGGUUGCUGUAUGAAGUGAGCUUGCUGCUGGAGGAAGCGGCAGCAGCAUGCAGAGAAGGACUGCUGUCGCUGCACCGUCCUCGCGAGCCGGCCGUCGACUUGCCGCAGGUUUUGGGGUGUAUAUACAACAUAGCUACAACGCCAGCAGGGAGAGCUGCAGAUGCAGCAGCUCCUUUAGACCCGAUGGAUAUUUUGCAGCCCCAGCUGCUGCUGCUGCCCGGUGUGCCGUGGUCCGCAGCCAGCAGCAACGCCAGCAGCAAGGCAGGGCCCCUACUGGCAUUGCACGCGCUGCAGCUGGCAAGCGCCUUGUCAGCGAAUUUGCUGUUGCCGGUGGAGAACAGACUCUACCUUGCAGGAUACAGCCGGGCCUCUAUUGGACCGUUGUUGGUCGCUGGUGCCGCGGCGCAGCGCAGCAACGGCAGCAACAACAACUCUUACGCGGUAUUUGAAGCUGCUGUAGCUGCUGCUGAGGACGCAGAAGAAAUUGUGGAUAGUGAUGGGGAAUGGGUAGACCAUGAGGAAGAGCAGGAUCAAGCAAGCGAGGUCAGUGGAGCCCUGACACGCCAAGGCCGAGUCUUCCGUCGCCCAGAGUCCCCUGCGGAUGCACUGUCUCGUCCGCCAACGCUGCCUUUAAGGGGGAGCAGCAGCAAUAGCAGCAGCAGCAGCGGUAGCGCUUCUGGAGGCUUCCCAGAGUUUUGGGGGGGGCCUUUGAAGGAGGAGCGGCUGGAGGAGGAAGGUGCGAACUUGAAGGCUGCAGCUGCUGCGCUAUUAUCGGCUGUCGAUUGCGUUGCUGUUGCUGCACUACGGACAGAAAAGAUGAUGCGUGUUGCUGCAAGUCGUGCUGCCGCUGCUACAGCGCAAGCGACAGGAGCUGGUACUGUUACCCCUCGCUCAGCUACGCUCCCACCCGUAAUGGCAGCUCCGGCAGGUGAGGGAGCAGCAGCAUUUGUCAAAUUGUCAGCAGCAGAAUUACUAGAAGGCCUUAUUAAAGAGAAAGAGGGAGCCCUAGGGGUUGGGGCAACAGAGGCGACGUCCUCAAAAGCUUACGCUGUCGAAGCCUUGCGAAGCUACAGUACCAGGUGGGAGCUGCGGCAAUUGUUGCAACUGCAGACAAUGCUAGGUCUCGAACCGUCGGAGUCACAGAAACGGCAGCAGCAGCAACAGCAGCAUGAGCAGCAACAGCAGCGACAAGAGCAGCAGAAACAGCAAACGCAAGAGCAGGGCCGACAGUCAAAGAGGGACUCAUUUUCCAUAGCAAGCGAUGGUACUUCCGCAGUGCCUGCAGCAGCAAAGCGACUGCGCACCGCUGAGGAAGAGGUAUUUAGCGAGAGCAGCUCUGCAAACGCUGCACCAGCAGUAGCAGCGCCAGCUGCACGAACAGCAGGGACAGCAGUUGGCGCUGGGAACACGGACGCCCCACUUGUGAGCACACCCCGUGCCGUCGCCUCUUCACUGCCGCCCCCAACGCCAACUCAAAAUUUCCUUUUUGGCGUGCCUGUAGAGCCGCCUGAGGACAAACAGAAACAGCAGCAGCAACAACGAAGUUCAGGGACGCCGACAGUACCAGUCGGGCCUCACAAAACGCAUCAGGCACUGCCGCAGCAGACUAGGGUCCAGAAGUUCAGUCCAGGAGCCACAUCUCCCAGUGGCACUGCUGUUGCUGCUGCUGUCCUGCAGCAGCAGCUGCAGGAACCCCCCUCCUCGGUUGCAGUGCUGCUGCAGGACGCCACAGAGUUCGUCGUUGUCCACAUGCAGCAGCACCAGGAGCCACCUCGAACACCGCUAUCCGUCCCUGCGACUGCUGGUGCUGGGCAUUCCUGUAUCUCUGCGCUGACAAAAUCAGGAUACGGCAAUGACGCCAGCUACAGUGGUGAUGCAGCAGCAACAGAAGCCGCUGCUACUGCAGAUAGCGAUAAUGCAGUGUCUGUACAGUCCAUUGCUGAAGCACUGCAGCAGGCGGUGCAGCUUUUGCCACGUCCUUUGCAGCUGCUGCUGAUGCGCAGAGCAGCAGCGAUAUUUUCUGCCUGUAAUUUACGCCGAGAUAGCAGCAGCAGACGUAUGUUUGUCUUGCUCCGGCUGCUGCAGCAGCUGGGUCCGCAGUUUGCUGCUUCUCUCUCGCCCCUUGUGAACAGAGUGAAGCAGCAGCUUGUUACUGAAGAGGAAGCCGUGGCAGAAACCGCUGCUGCUGCAGCAGCAGCGCCGUGCACUACUCGGGGGAUGCCCGCUACUUCAGCAGCAGGCGUAGCGGCUACGAUUGCACAGAAACAGCAACAGCAGCUGCAGGAAAUGCUCUUUCUCGAUUUCGCUUCAGAGGCUGAAGCUCUCUCGCCUUUUCUCUCAACGGCAACAAGCGCAGCAAAAGCAUUCUCCGCAAUUAUCUCCCUGCUACCUCCGUCUUACUCUGUGUGCCCUGGGACGUCAUGGCCGCCCCAAAUUGACCACGAACAGAAACGGCGAGAUCGCGGGAAGAAGCAAAUUUCCGAGGGGCCGCAGCCAGAAGAGUCUUGGAUUGGGCUGGCUGCUGCUGCUUCCCUUGCGAGGCUGCUGCGCUGCCUUCAGGCAGAAGCGGGCGUUCGCCUUCCUAGGUCACUUCUCAAUGCGAAAGGUUUACAGUUCUUGCAGGCAGCAUUUGAAACAGCGGCUCAGUUGCUUCUCUUCAGACAGUCGGUGCUGGGGCCGCACAUGGAUGUGUUCUUGUCAGUGGCAGCCGCGCUGUUGCAAAUAGAGGUUGAGUUGCCGCGCCUGAGAGUACCGAAGUCUCUUAUUCGCGCGGCUCUUUCAUUUUUGUAUUUAACCUGUACCGCCCCGCCACGGCUGCUGCUAUCGUGUCUGGAAGCACUAGUUGCAGCGCAUGCGGCAUGCACAGCAACGGCAGAAUUAGAAACCUCAGCAGCUGCAAGCAGCCAUGACCAGCCCGCUGAAGCCGCUACAGCGAACUUUUCGAAGGCUUCUGUAGCGGAAGCUGCGGCGAAACUCUUUCUGACGCCUCUGUUGCGUUAUAUCCGACACAAGAUGAUGGAGGCCGCGCGUUUGUUGGCCCAAGAGGAACUGGCAGAAGCGAUUAGCCCAGCGUGUGCGGGAGCUGGUGCGUCAGCAGCUGCAGUAGCAGCAGCUUCUGCUUCUCAUGACUUCAGCAACAGCAGCAUUCGGCUGCCUGAUGGUGCAGCAGCAUCUAUUUCGGCACACAAAGCAGCAGACCUUCCUAGUGCAACAACAGCAGAAGGCUGGCUGCACCGUGGCGGCGCACCUCGUUUUAUGCGAUCGACAACACCAAGACUACCGCCGCAGCAGCAGCUGGCCGCUGUUACUUCCUCUGCUCGGCUUCCCACGGAGGACAGGCAACAACUUGCUGCUGAGGCCAUUGCUGCUGCUGCCGCUGCAGGGCUGAGAGAUAGCAGCCAUGGGGCCGCGGAACACCGUGUAACUGAUGCUGGCAGUCUGGAGGAGACUGUGUCUCGACUGUUGUCCCGUAGGGACACCAGAGGUCCGCGCUCUGCUGCUGCAGCAGCUCUGGAUCCGCUGGUGGCGCAGCAGCAGCAACUGUUACAGCAGAAGCAACAGCAGCCGUUUCUGCAGCAGCCUCAAUCUCAGCAGCAGUUUGCGCACCCCACGCAGCAGCAGCAGCAGCAGCAGGUACCAUCGACCGAACCUUCUACGCAAAUGCAUCAGACAGCAGCUGCACCGUGUGUACAGAUGGUGCAGCCAAUGCAGCAGGAACAGGAAAAUCAGCAAGAAGGGCAGCACGUGCAGCAGCAGCAGCUGCUGCAACAACAGCAUUCCAUGCAGCAGCAUGGAGCGACGCCUUCGCAACCCCAACUUUUGCCGACGCAGCUAAUGCCUGGAAUGGUGCAGCAGCAACCCAUUGCCCUGCCCCCAAUGCAUUUGCAUCAGCAGCAACAACAGCACAUGCAGCAGCAGCAGAUGCAGGCGCAGCAGCUGCACUUGCAGCAGCAGCCCAUCCCACAGCAGCUGCUGCAGCCAGCACCCAUGGCGGUCCCACCUUUUUCUCCUGUACCAAUGGACAUUCAACAGCAGCAGCCGCAGCGCAUGCCGAUGCAGCAACAGCAGCUGCAGCAACAGCACGUGAUGCAGCAACAGCGCCUACCAUUCGCCACCCCCCCAAUGCAGCAACAGAUGCAGCAGCAGCUGCUGCAGCCACAACAGCAGCAUCACGUGGUGCCUCCACAGCAGCACAUGAUGCCGCAGCAGCACAUACAGCAACAGCCGUUUCAGAUGCGCUCGCAAGACAUGCAGCAGUCACACAUACAACAACAACAGCUGCUGCAGCAUCCGCAGCAGCAGCCGCAGCAAUUAGAUCAACAGCACCAGGAUACGGAAGCCGCAAGACCGUCACUCACUUUCGACUACUCCCAGCAACUGGGUGCAGCGCUGCCUCCGUCGCCUACGGUGAACGCAUCUGGCGCACCUACGGAGCAGCAGCAGCAGCAGAUAGACCAGCACCUGCAGCAGCAACAGCUGCAGCAACUCCACCUGCAACAGCAACAGCAGCUACACCAACAACAAAUGCAACAGCAGCAACAACAGCAGUUGCUACAGCAACAGUCAGUGUGGCUUCAACAGCAGCAGUUUCAGGAAACAAUGUCAAACCAAGCAGCGGUAGGCACGUGGCAGUUGCAGCAGCUGCAGCCGCAGCAACCGCAGUUACAGCAGCGGCGGGGGAUGGCGCCUCAGCAGGUGCCAACACAGCAGCUUCAGCAGCAGCAGCUCGCGCUUCAUGCAAACCAGCAGCAACAGCAAUCUUCCAAUACUGUGCAUCCCCAGCAACAGCAGCGGCUGCAGCAUAACCAGCAGCAGCAGCAACAACCGCAACAGGCCCUGUUCAGGCAGCAGCAAAAAUUGCUUAAUACGCCGCAUCAGUCGGCACCUCGCACUGCAGCAGCAUGCAGCCCAGCAGACUCCGCAAGAGGCACACCAGCUGCAGCACCAGCAACAGCACAGGGAGCUGUUGGAGUGGCAGGAUUCUCACCAGCAGGAGCGCGGAAGCAGCUGUCUGCCGCUGCGCCACCAGCAUCAGCGGCUCCACCAGCAACAGCAGCUGACUGGGAUGACCAGGAAAGCGAUGACGAAGAAGGGGAAGGAGUUAAUGAUGCCACUGCUGUUGCUGUUGGUUGCAUUGGGGCCUUGGCUGCAAGCCCUCAGUUGCUUCCGUUGCUGCGACCUCACCUUCCACUCUUGACAGAGCUGGCGUGGCUGCGGACGCCUUUCAGUGGCACUCUCUGGGGUGUAGUGGGGGAGUUGCUUCUGCCGGCGAUAGAACAACAGCAGCAACAACAGCAACAGGAGCAGCAAAAGCAGCAUCCAAGUGUUUCUCCAGCUGCUUUGAGAGCGCUGGCUAAUCUUGGGGGCUUUCAUGAGUCUCUGAGUGUACUCAAGGUGAUAACAAAGCCAUGA